AUGUCGUCUACGUCGCAUACAAAUAUGCUCCAGCAAGCAAAAGCCACACAAUUACAAGACUUGAAACAAUCACAUUAUUAUUCAAAACAACUACAAUCAAUAUUCACAAACCUCAUCGAUUCCAACUCCAAUUCCACUGAUAUAAACUCACCGCUACUAGACAAGAUAACAACUAUACAUGAACUCAAUGAUGAUAUCGAUAGGUUUCUCAACAAGGAUAUCGCUGAGAAUUUCCAUUUGUUGAUGAAACAAAAGAGAAAAUUGGAGAAAGUAGUUAGAAAAUGUAAUGAAAAGAUGAAAAGGGUCGAAAAGGGGAGAUUGGACGGUGAUGGAGCGGAAACAGUAAUGCUGAGCUCUAAAGGUGAGGAGAGAAGGGGAAUCGGUGGUGAUCAUGGUGGAAAUGUGAAUGAAAAUUAUGUGGAUUUGUUACAAAGGAGGUGUGAAUUGAUUGAUCAAAAUCUACGAAUUUUAGAACAAACUUUGAAGAAUAUUGAAAAGAGCUAG